UAAAUAGGAAGUGGACGUUGCUAAACACACUGUACAGUCCGAGGCAGAGGUGGUGAGGGUGUAUACGAUAACUAACAGAGCAUUUUUAAUUUUUAUUUUCUGAAGUGAAGUUUGAGAGUCGGGACUUAGAAUGGAGAUCCUCUUCAUCUUCACCUUCUGCCUGAUUAUAGCUGGUUCUGAUGCUGUAACUACAGUAACUGGAUACAGAGGAAGAUCAGUUCAGAUUAAAUGCCCCUACGGAUCUGGAUAUGAAGAAUACAAGAAGUAUCUCUGCAGAGGUAAAUGUCCCCGUGUGGGGUAUAAUGAUGUUCCUGUUCGUUCUGGAUCUCCGGCUAAAGACACCAGAUUCUCUCUGUAUGACGACACAACAGCCAAAGUCUUCACCGUCACCAUCACUGAUCUGAGAACAGAGGAUGGAAACACUUACUGGUGUGGAAUAGAGCAGACAGGGUAUGAUAGUUACACAGAGCUUCUACUGCUGGUUAAAACGGAUGAUCCUGCCAUCACUACUGUCUCACACUCCACACACACCACACACUCCGCUUCAACACAGUCUGCUUCAACACACUCCAUGAGUCCAUCAGUGCCUGCUGAGAUCACACAUUCAACAACAGCAAAUCCACUAAAUGAUGCUAACCAUCCAACCGUCGCUCCCUCACCUCAGGAAUUUCCGACUUCCACUGCCAUCAUCGCAGUGUCUGUGGUUCUAGUUCUGCUUCUCGUUGCCUUUUUAUUCGCCGUCGCCCUACAGAGGAAAAAGAAGACACAAGUCUCAGCCUCAUCUCCAGCCCAGGCCCCACAAAGCUCCUCAAACCUCCAUGUGGUCCCAUGUCCUGUCUAUGAUUAUGAGGAGACUAAUGACAGCAGAUGUCUUUCUAACACACUUUACUCCACUGCUCAGCUACUCUCAACCCCCUCCGAGUUAUAUUCCAACACAGGAUUACCCACAGUUCCCUCUGAUUCUUCACAAAAUCUUUAUGCGACAGUACAACACCCAUCAGAUUCUCCUGAUCAGGACGUCUACUCCACAUCUCAGUUACCCACAAUUAUCUCUGAUUCCUCAGUCAGUGCUGCUCCACCGUCAGUUAUGAAAUCUGGUGAAAGUCCAACGUACGCAGCAGUGAGUUUUAACACCAGAUCUAAUGCUGCAGCUCCACCAGUGAUCUACAAGAACGAGAGCAACUCAUGUGACUACGCUACUGUUAAUAUUAAUGGAUGUGGCUAGUUAGCAUUCAUCAGAACGCUAAUCAUUCCGAGUUAUUUGUCAUUUGUAGCACGCAUUAUAUUACUUUAUACCACAGUGCUGUUUAGUUCUCAAAUCGGAUUGGUCAGAAGGUGCUGAUUCAUUUUCUAUAAGUACGCUGUUUUAUAUUUUAAUAUAUAUUUUUAACAUUUUAAAUUGUUGGUGAAUUGCUAUGGUAUGAGAAGAAUAUAACACCUGGGGCAUGCGCUUAUGUAAAAAUAAUCAACUUUGGGGGUGUAACAGUAACUCCACCUCAUCACACCACUCUGUCACUUUAGUAUAACAGUAACACACACACUGCUUAUUUCUUACUUUUUAUAUAAUUCUCCUGCUUAUCUACUGUGUUUAUUCUUCGUUUAUAGUUAUACAAACUAUUUCGCUAUUCCAAGUUUCACCAGUUUCAAGGGAUUUAUAAAAUCUGGGUUCAUUAGACUAUGUGUACUUAUUUCUUGUUAAGGUUUAUGUAGCUUUUAAUAGUAAAAUGUGUGGCAUGUUUACACUUCC